CUUCCCUCCAAAACUCAUCCUUGCUGCAGGGAGGAGCAGUGAGCAUCCGUCUCACUGUAUUCAAGAAAACGGAUAUAUACAGUACUUUUUCUUCUUUUUUAAAACUUUUCAUUGCUUAUGUUCAAAACCUUUUAUAUCAUCUAUUAUAUGCACAAGGGGUUUCAACGCGGAACCUUCUAGCUAUCAUCUGUCUUGAAGAAGGGCGCGGGUUUUUCAGUUGAAUAGGGAAGUCGUCUCAUUUUAUUUCCUGCGCCAAAAAAAUGCAAUGACAUGGUCAGUACAAUAAAACCUCGAUGAGAGGAGCGCGAGCCGGUGGGAAGUGUGCUGCAUAACUGCCUGAGAUAAUGCUGUUGACACGCGCAGCCUGGAGCUGCUGCUGAGGGAGGAACAGACAGUCCUGUACAGUCAGGGAGCUACUCACAGAGAGGAACCAUGUCCCACCACCACCACAGGAACAGCCAGGGCAGCCACCGCACAAUGAGCGCCGAGGAGAGGAGCUCCACGCCCAUCCGCCACCACAAGACACCUACACACAAGAGCGCCUCGUCCUCCUCCUCAUCCCAGCGCGACGGCCGGCAGGAGGCAGACAGCUGGGAAAUCAUUGAGGGGCUGAAAAUCGGUCAGAGCAACGUCCAGAGGCCAGAUAAACACGAGGGCUUCAUGCUGAAGAAGCGAAAAUGGCCACUGAAAGGCUGGCACAAGCGUUUUUUUGUCCUGGACAAUGGGAUGCUGAAGUACUCCAAGUCACCAAUUGAUAUUCAGAAAGGCAAGCUGCAUGGCUGCAUUGAUGUGGGUCUCUCUGUCAUGUCCAUCAAGAAGAGAGCCCGUCGCAUUGACUUGGACACAGAGGAGCAUCUCUACCACCUCAAGAUCAAGUCUCCAGACAUCUUUGACUCCUGGGUGGUCAAGCUGCGCUACCACCGUCUCUACCGGCAGAAUGAGAUCGUCCGCUCCCCCCGAGACGCCACCAUGAGGACGUUUCCUCCCCCUGCCAGCACCGAGUCCCCCAUCCCUCACCCCCACCCAGCCCCCUCCCCCGCUGCAGGACAACAUGAAGUAAAGCAGACCAAGCCCACCAGCCUUCCACCAUGGCAGUCCCCCCCGGCCCCCAGGAGCAGAACCAGUCCCCCAACAUGGCAGUCCCCCCCUGCCCCCAGUAGCAGCACCAGCCUCCCACCAUGGCAGUCCCCCCCAGCCCCCAGUAGCAGCACCAGUCUUCCACCAUGGCAGUCCCCCCCAGCCCCCAGUAGCAGCACCAGUCUUCCACCAUGGCAGUCCCCCCAGGCCCCCAGUACCAGGAGCAGCUUGCCUGCCUCCUACAGUAACGGGCAGAGCAAGGUGGCCGCAUGGCUCCAGGAGUCAGAGGAGAUGGACAAGUGUACAGAGGAGCUCGCCCGCUGCCAGUCCAGCCUGAUUGAGCUGAGCAAGUUACUGCAGAGCCUGGAGGGCCUACAGAGGACCCAGUCAGCGCCCAAUUUCACUGACAUGCAGGUCCCCUCUCUCCCUGUGAGUGCCAGUAUGUCGCCCACGCGCCUCCACUCCUCCAACCCCAACCUGUGCGCUGAGCAGGUGGACUUCCAGACCCCUGUCUCUCGCCAGAUUCCUGACAACAUGGAGUGUGGCGGUGACUACAUCAAACUACAGGAGGACUUCUGCCUCAUCGCCCAGAAAGUCCACUCCAUGUUGAAGUCUGCGUUCAACACAGUGGCCAUGGAGAAGGAGAAGAUCAAAUCUGUUCUCUCAGACCAGGAGCAGUCAGAGCGGUCUGCCCAGGUCAUCACCCUCAGGAAGUCUCUGUCACAGGCCCUGUCCCAAAACGCUGAGCUUAAAACCCGACUGGGCCGCAUCCACUCUGAGUCGGUCCUGUCUGAACAAACAAUCAGUGUGAACCUCAUCACCAGUCCUGAUGAGGAGGGGGAGCAGAGGGGAAUCCCUCUGACUCAACAGACGUCCAAUGAGAGCAGGCUGUCGAUGUCAGAGUCUGUGUCGGAGUUCUUCGACGCCCAGGAAGUGCUGCUGUCGGCCAGCUCGUCAGAGAACGAGGCCUCAGACGAUGAAUCAUACGUCAGCGAUGUGAGUGAUAACAUUUCAGAAGACAAUGCCAGCGUGACUGAUAACGUCUCCAGACAAAUGCCCAACGGAGACCUGGCUGGAAGUGCCUUCCGUAAUGGGCGUCGCCCGUGUCUCCCCGCCCCCUCGCCAGACUGCAGCAACAUCAACCUGUGGAACAUCCUGAGGAACAACAUAGGGAAGGACCUGUCCAAGGUGUCCAUGCCUGUGGAGCUCAACGAGCCCCUCAACACCCUGCAGCACAUGUGUGAAGAGCUGGAGUACACUGAGCUACUAGACAGGGCUGCCGAUACGGAGGACCCUUAUGAACGCAUGGCCAUUAUGGCAGCGUUCGUCAUCUCAGGAUACUCCUCCACGUACUACAGAGCGGGAAGCAAGCCAUUCAACCCUUUACUGGGAGAGACGUAUGAAUGUAUCCGUGAGGACAAGGGCAUGUGUUUUAUCGCUGAGCAGGUGAGCCACCAUCCACCCAUAUCAGCUUGUCACGCUGAUUCCAACAAGUUCACCUUCUUGCAAGACGUCAGAUGGAAAAACAAAUUCUGGGGGAAAUCAAUGGAAAUCCUCCCAAUUGGCACCGUUAAUGUUAUCCUUCCAAGCUUUGGGGACCACUAUGAAUGGAACAAGGUCACCACCUGCGUGCACAACAUCCUAAGCGGGAGAAGGUGGAUCGAACACUACGGAGAGAUCACCGUUAGAAACACCAAAAGCAGCGCCUGUAUCUGCAAACUUACCUUCGUCAAGGGAAAUUACUGGAGUUCUAAUGUGAAUGAGGUUCAAGGGUUUGUGAUGGACCAAGAGGGGAAGGUGGUGCGUCGGCUGUUCGGAAAAUGGCACGAGGGCCUUUACUGUGGAGUCCCGCCCUCUGCCAGAUGCAUCUGGAGGCCAGGCUCCAUGCCCACAGACUACGAGCUGUAUUAUGGCUUUACCAGGUUUGCCAUUGAGCUCAAUGAGCUUUGCCCUGAGAUGCAAGACCUGCUACCACCCACAGAUGCCCGCUUCAGACCCGAUCAGAGACACCUGGAGGAGGGGAAUGUGGAAAUGGCAGCCUCAGAAAAGCAGCGUAUUGAGGACAUGCAGCGCACCAGGAGGAAGUGGCAAGACGAGAACGACAUUAAGCAUGAACCACGCUUCUUCAAGAAAGUGGUUGAUGCCAAUCAAAGGGAGCGCUGGGUCACUAACAACACCUACUGGGAGCUUCGCAAAUCCCCCGGCUUCAUCAACAUGGAAAACCCUAAUCUAUGGUAGCAUAUGGAUCGCUAUGCACACCAUAUCAUCAUCGCUGACAAAGGCUUUUAUCUAUGCACAAUGAGGUUUUCAAAUGAAUAUCUCAUUGACAAAAUAACAGUGUGGAAGGAUACAAGAGCUGAGAUGAGUUGAUGACUUACCAUCGCCCUAUUCAGCUGGCCAGUCACCCAUUCAAGCAUCCUCUUGGAUCCCCCUCAUUGAGCUUGGUGCGGAGGCUGGGUUGUCAGGGCAACAAUCUUACCAUGUAGAUCUAUCCUAAGUCGUUUUGUGUUUGUCCUUGCCUUAAUGUCAUCUAUCCACACCACACAUUUUAAAGCUUUUAGUGAAACCCACUUGAGUUCUGAUAGCGGUUUGAUUUAGACUAGUGUUUGUUCUGAAAGCGGUUUGAUUUAGACUAGUGUUUGGAUUAGGCCUUUGACCUACUACUAAUGUAUGUGUCAUGCAUGUUUUAGAGUUCAGCUUUCAUUGGCAUAUCCUAUAUAGACUAACAUUAUUUGUUUUAAAAACAAAAAGAAAAUAAAGAAGUCUGAAGUUUUUGUAAAAUAUCUUCAACAUCAUAGAAUUGAGUGAAAAUUUAACUAAUAUACAAUAUUGGAAGAUUGCUCUUAUUUCUUUUUUUUUUAAUUAGCCAUUUGCAUUAGUUCAGUCUGAAUCAUAGCUGUAUUCUUUAUUGGGUCACACAUUCUUUGUGAAAGUUAGAGAUUCUCCGGUAGUUUUGUAUAGUUUUUAGCCAGUAGUUCUGAAAGUAGCACUCACGAGCCAAAAAAAAUAGGAAAAUUGUGUACUACAUCACGUAUGUGCAGAUUUGUGCACCACAUCAUUGCUCUGUCUCCCUCUCUCUCUCUCUGCUGUGUGUGCAUGAUGUGCCUCUUGUUAGCUGUCACUCAAAUGGUUGAAGCUCAUUGGUUGAACUCAAAUUUCUAGGGGGCUGGACCACGUGGUGGAAAAUGGUGCAGCUCAGCUUCCAGAAAAACAGUCACUUUCAAACUAGGGAUUGUGUGUGUCUAAUUGAGGUAAAAACCAUAAUUCUGCAUGUAUGAACUAUACAUUAGCCCCGUUUAUACCUGCCACUUACGUGCGUCCUUCAUCCUGAUCUUGCCAGUAUACAAUUGUAAGGUCUGAUCAAACUCAGUUCACAAUGUGUCUUUUAUAUUGAUCUACACCUGUCUAAAAAUGUGGCACAAUCAGAAUGAGGACAAGAACAGGACAAAGGGCGCAUGUUAUUGACAGGUAUAAACGUGGCUAUUGACACAUCUAGCCCAAAGCGAGAGGUUUAAAAAAAUGUAAAAAAAUAUAUUUUUAAAAAACGUAUUAGUCGCCAAAGUUCCGGAACACGUCUUUAAUUUGUUUUAAUCACUGGUAUUGGUGAAGGUCAUUGCUGUGUGCCGAGACGUUUUCUCAGCAACUCCCAAAGACAAAACCCCUUGAGUUGAGACGUUUAUAGUUCCAGUUUGGCUAGUUGAGGGAGACUGGCCCAACAGCUGAUACAUAAGCACUGGAAAGUGCCUCCCUUUUUCGAAGCACACCCCCCUCGUCACUCAUCACAACGGUUUAAGCUACAGACAAUACUUCCUUGUAACUAACUUUUACAUGUAUAGACAAUUCUGCUUUCUGUUAUUCAGCUCACACGAAAACUAUUUUUGAUAGUUUAAGAAAGGAAAAAAAAGGUAUGAAUAUAAUUUGAAUGUUCUUUAAUUUCCUGUAAUACAAUUGAUCUGUGUUGUUGUCUGAGUGUUAUAGUGAGAAUCCUAGCCUGCAGUAGAACUAUAAAGACAUGCCAGCAUCCAAGACAUCUGAUAUGGUGAUAUGACGACAUACCUACUGGCCGUGUGCCCAUCCCUUCUAAAGAAUCUAUUUAAACCCGGGUCACUUGUCUGGAUACAUGGUUACACCGACUCAUCUUUGAUACAGGUCUAUGUAUAAUGUGGUAGCUGGUUGGCUAGUUAGUGUAUUUCCCUUUCACGUUAUUUUUCCAACUAAGCCCCUCAGUGAAAUGACAAGCGUAGUGAAAGUGGAGUAGUAGUCCUGCUGUCCUGUAGCAGUAUAGAGGUCAACGCGUCCUCUACUGGGAACCACGUGACCUCUACUGGGAAGCACAUGACCUCUACUGGGAACCACAUGACCUCUACUGGGAAGCACGUGACCUCUACUGGGAAGCACGUGACCUCUACUGGGAAGCACGUGACCUCCACUGGGAACCACGUGACCUCUAAUGGGAACCACGUGACCUCUAAUGGGAACACCGUGACCUCUAAUGGGAAGCACGUGACCUCUACUGGGAAGCACGUGACCUCUACUGGGAACCACGUGACCCCUACUGGGAUCCACAUGAUCAUUGGAGAGUCACAACUACACCAGACUGACUGACUAGAUACCCCCACUUAUACAACUACAGUACACCAGACUGACUGACUAGAUACCCCCACUUAUACAACUACAGUACACCAGACUGACUAGAUACCCCCACUUAUACAACUACAGUACACCAGGCUGACUGACUAGAUACCCCACUUAUACAACUACACCAGACUGACUGACUAGAUACCCCCACUUAUACAACUACACCAGACUGACUGACUAGAUACCCCCACUUAUACAACUACAGUACACCAGACUGACUGACUAGAUACCCCCACUUAUACAACUACACCAGGCUGACUGACUAGAUACCCCCACGUAUACAACUACAGUACACCAGGCUGACUGACUAGAUACCCCCACUUAUACAACUACACCAGGCUGACUGACUAGAUACCCCCACGUAUACAACUACAGUACACCAGGCUGACUGACUAGAUACCCCCACUUAUACAACUACAGUACACCAGACUGACUGACUAGAUACCCCCACUUAUACAACUACACCAGGCUGACUGACUAGAUAGCCCCACUUAUACAACUACAGUACACCAGGCUGACUGACUAGAUAUCCCCACAUACAAGUGUAUUGUAAAACACAAGGGAUGCCUAUUUGCCAGUUCUUUGACUAUACAUAACAGAUUCCCAUAGACAUAUUAAUUUGUGUUAUGUAAAAGAGGCCAAGGGACAAAAUUAUUUUACAACGUUCAGAAUUAUUUUGCUUUUGCAAAUCCUUUAACGUGGCAGAAUGUUGAUGUUAAAGCCAAAGACAAAUGUUUUUUUAAUUAUAGAAAAAAUAUCAACUCAUUCUAGUUAUGGUGUUUUCAUUAUGUAGUUAACCACACAGAGAAAAAGCUAUUAUAUUUGAUUAUCCUUUAAACAAGUGUCCAGUUCCUAGAAUUUACUGCUAUGAUGUUGUCCUUAACCAUUCACCAAUACAAUUUUAAAAGGUUUAGAUUAUUACUGCCAAACAGCUUUAGUGUAUAUUUGACGUCCCCCCUUCCCUCUUGUCAUUGUGUGUCGCAGUCCAUUCACAAUGGUUCAGUGUGUUAGAUUACCACAGAAUCUGUAACGAUACAUUAUACAUUUGGAUUAUAUUGAUUUGUUCUUUGUUUUUGUUCUAGUGAAGCCGGAAAUUGAAACGAGGAAAGUGAUCCUACGUUAGAAAUAUAUAGACUGGAAACGUUCAACUAUAAAGUCUUAACUAUUAUUUUCGUGUGUAAUGUCCAGUACUGAAGAUUAAGACAGAAAAACAAUUAAGAUAUGACUACAAACGUCAUAUCGUAGCCAUGUAUUCAGAAAUCGAAUUUGUUUGUCCGCUGUCACUUCCAUUUGAUGUGCCUUAAUACAUUUGAUUAACGCCUCGCACACAAUGUUGAUAAGAAAC